AUGGAAGGCCGCGGUCUCACCCUCCGCAGCAAAAAAGGUCGCCGGCCUCAAAUCAGUGCUCCGAAACCCAUCGCGGACCCUGCCCCUGCCAACAAUCGGGCAGCCGAUUCAGCCCAAAAGGCCCCAUCGGCCACCUCGCGGGAGAGAGCCCCUCAGAGCGAUGCGACCUCUGAUCUGGUGAAGCGGCGGUACUCGACCCGCUUCAAUCAGGUUCCGGAUUUUGAUGCUGCCCCUCCGGUUCCGGGGCUGCCUCCGGGGUAUGGCGGGCUAGGUCCGCCUCCAGCUAGCAAUAAUGGACCGUCGCAUGAUCCGUCUGCGCCUCCGGAGGUUGAUUUGAAUGCGCUGCGGGACCCAAGCUUACCGGUUGAUCGAUAUGUCGCUAAUCUCCUCGCAAACGCGUCCGAGGAGGAAAUUCGAGACUACCAGAACGCCCUUCGGAAAGUCAAGAACCGCACGUCGACCGACCUCCAGCAGAAUGUAUACCAAAACCGAACGCAAUUCAUCAAGAUUAGUAAAGAAGCGGAUAAGCUCAAGGGCGAGAUGCGGACACUCCGUACAUUGAUGGCAGAGCUUACGACGGCGCUGGGCCAGACGACCGUUGGAAAUACGCCCAACCCCAUGUCCCCGACUACCGACGAGCGUCUACCCAAGCGGAAUGCCAAUCGCAGUUCAGUGGCCAACCUGGAAAGCAUGUGGAAUGUACAACUACAAACGUUAUGGAAAACCGUGGAGGGUUCGCAGAAGUUCCUUCCGGCUGUUUCGGGUCGUCAUAUUGUGAUUGAAACGGGCAACUGGGUUGAACUCGAUUCCGCGACGUGGAAACCAAGACGACCGGUUCACAUUGUGCUGCUGAACGAUCACCUCCUAGUGGCAGUGAAGAAACGAAAGCGCGUAGACCAGAGCAAUCACCGUGGCCCGGUUCCGACGAAACUCGUGGCGGAGCAGUGCUGGCCUUUGCAAGACAUCGACAUGAUCGAUCUCGGUGCUAACAUGGGUGCGGGACAAGCUCGCGACGAGGCCGAAGACCGUGGUAUUUCAAGCGCAGUGGUCGUCCGAGUUGGUGCCAAGCCGUUCACCUACCGCCAUGACAAGCGCAACAGUCCCGCGAAAAAUGAAUUGCUCGCCACGUUCCGCAAAGCCGUCGACGAUCUGCGACGGACGCUACGGUCGGAGACGGAAGCAGCCAGCAGAUCCAACGAAUCGUUCGGGUACUUGGCUGGUGCGAGGCAAUCGUCAUUUGGUUCGUUGAAGCCCAUCGACCUGUACGAUGGCGGCUCCGAUAACCCGCGCGACAAGCCAGAACUACGCAUCGAUGUAGAUGGAAAACAGCAGAACCUGCGCUGGGUUGAAGGCCAAGUUGACGAGCUUGACAUCGAUAUCGCGCUGCAGCGUUUCGAAGAGGCUGUUUCUUCCAUUGAGCGGCUGCGGAAGCUAGCCAAGGGUCUCAAAGGCAACACGAUCGCGCAGGACGUGAUCAACAGCAAGGUCGAUGAGCGAGCGGCCAAACUGGCCGGUGUCUUAUCGCGAUCUCUGGUCGAUACCAAUUCAUUCCCGAAUGCCACCAAGACCAAGGUGAGCUGGCUUACACGUCUGGGAUUUGAGGACCAAGCCCGAGAAGCCUACCUGAAAGCCAGGUCCGACGUCAUAACCAAGCGAAUCCGUGGCUGCGUCUUCGAAGGCGACCUCCCGCUCUACAUUUUCCAAAUCUCCUACGUCUAUUUCACCCUCGUCAAACACACCAUCAGCAUCUACCAGCAAUGCUUCCCCUCCGUGAUGACCAGCGCCUGCAUCAAAUGGGCCAAGCAGCACCUCGACGGCUUCAACGCGCUCCUCACGCGGCAGCUCAGCACCGUGCAGCGGGGGACAACCGUGUGGCAGAAAUGCAUCGACAUCGUGCACGAACAGGCGGAGGUGUUGAGAGAGGUUGCGGUGGACUUUACGGAUCUGGUUGCCAGGGGGUUGGAGAUCAACGGCGAGGAGCGGGAGAAUCGGCCGCAGAUGACGAGGUCGGAGUCGUUGAUUUCGGGGCUGGCGCAGGCUGCUGGGGAGCAGCAGCCUUCUUUUUAG